CUCCCUCCCCUCCCCCCUUUUCUCCUCACCCUCCUCUCCCUCGCCCAGAUCCCCCUCGCCGCCCUCCCCGCCUACAAACUCGCCGCACACAUGCGGCCCGACGCAGUGUACUUCUGGCUUGCGAGCACGCCAACGGCUAAGGGCCCAGGAGGAGGGGGAGGGACAGGGAUAGAGUGUGCGAGUAAUUGUUUCGUUCAGGUGGAUGCGAGGACGAGGGGGGUGGUUACGGGGGCGGGGCUGGCCGUUGGGGUGCUGGGGGUGCUGGGGGGUGUGGUUGGGAUGGGGUGGGCGUGGAGGGUAAGGGGUGGAAGGGAAGGGAUGGGAGGGAAGGUAUGUGUGAUUUUCUCUUUUGAUGUUUGGGUUGGUUGUUUAGGUUGGUUGGUUGGUUGAUUGGGGAUGAGGGUGCUGUGGGUGUUGUGUGAAAAGGGGGAAUGGAGGGAAAGGUGAUGGACGGGAGUGAACUGAACUGAACUGACAAGAUUCACGCUGACCCCUUAAACCAGUCCAGCAUAACUCGACGCCUAACGUUCACAUCGACAUCAACGACGUACACGCACACCUACUCCCCCAUAACCGCUC